CAGCGGGCGAGCGCUGUGCUGCGGGCUGUCCCUGUUCUCCGUGGUGCUGCGCAGACUGCGCGCCUGCCUGGCCGCGCCGCAGUGGCCCGCGCCCCCGCGCCCCACCACCACGCGCCCGCGCACACUGACGACACCAACGAGUUCCACAGACUGUGGUCGGCCCUGCAGUUCCUGUAUUGUAUACCCGUUGGUGACACGCAGUUUACUGUCGAGGAGCUAUUCGGCGAAGGUCUCCACUGGGCUGGGUGUACGAUUAUAGCGUUGCUGGGUCAGCAGAGAAGGUUCGAAGCUCUGGACUUCUGCUACCACAUCCUGAGAGUGCAGCGAGUCGACGGGAAAGACGAGUCGGUUAAAGGGAUUCCCCUAAAACGCAUGGUGGACCGCAUCCGGCGCUUCCAAGUGCUGAACUCGCAAAUAUUCGGCGUCCUCGCGCGCCACCUGGCGGCCGACGAGGAGAGGGCCGGCGUCGAGCACGUGCGCUGCUUCCCUCCGCCCUCCGCGCCCAUACAUCAGAUCAAUUAGACUGGAGGACCGUUUGUGUGAGGUUGUGUUGUUAACACACCCUGUUUGUGAAGGUAGAGGUAUAUUGAAACAUUCUGUAUUAUGUGACUUGAAUAACAUAAGUUUAUGUUUAGACACAUCCUGUAUAACUACUUGUACAACAGCCUAACACCCUGUGUGUAGUUUGUUUAUGUUAAAACACCCUGUUUACAAAGUUAGAGGUGUUUAGAAACAUCCUGUAUUAUGACUUGAGCAACACCCUGUGUUACAUAAUCUUGUAUUUAGACACACCCUCUAUAAUAAUUUGUACAACAGCUUAACACCCUGUGUGUAAGGUUAGAGUGUUUUAGAAACAUCCUGUUUUAUGAAUUAAACAUAACAUUAUGUAUUCUAGUUUUAUCUAGAAUCACUGUAUAAUGACUUGAACAACCCUUAGUAUGAGUUUUUUUUAUUUAUAUUUUAACAAUCUUUAGUAUGGUUGGUUAAUUCGAGCCGGCCAAUCAGAGCACCGAACGCGCUCUCGUUUCGAUUACUUUAAACGUAAAGCAAACUCGUACUAAGCUACUGUAUACUUUUGAAGACAACUGAAAAUGUAUUCCAAUAAUAUAAGUACCUAUGUAGACAUAUAGUUUAAUAUAUAAGGAAUAUUAAAACUUUCCAUUAAUAAGUAAAUUAACUAAAAACCACGGUUUACUCACGUACAUUAAUGGAGAAAAGCUCUACUAGUUUCGAGUCACAGAGGGACUCUUCAUCAUGAGCAGCGUGCGCAGACGCGGCGACGUCGCGUAAUCUACUGAGAGUAGAGUGAAAAAGAAGAGAGAGAGUGAGAAAGAGAGUAUGAUAAAGAGUCCCUCUGUGACUCGAAACUAGUAGAGCUUUUCUCCGUUAAUGUACCAGUGAGUAAACCGUGAUUUCUAGUGUAAUUUAGUAUGUCUCACGAUAGUUAUUAUAAAAAUAUUUUCCAAGAAUUCUUUUAUAAGUUAUUAUUAAUUCGCCUUUUUGAAUAAUCUAAAGACUUUAUAUUAUUAGAUUAAGCAUAAUUUUUAAUAUAAUACUAACUGAUGCCCGCGGCUUCGCUCGCUUGGAUUUGCGGACUUUGUGACUAAUAAAAGUAACCUAAGUUACUCCUUGGUACAUCAGCUACCUGCCAAUAAAAGAGUCCCAUCAAAAUCGGGCUAGCCUUUUCAGAGAUUAGCCAGAACAAACAGAAAGACAGACAAAAAUUAUAAAAAUUAAAUUUAUUUAUGUAUUUAAUUCAAAAGUUACAACGGUAGACCACCAACUAAAGCAACUUACAUACAUAAGUAAAACAUAAUUAAACAGGAAUUAACAGCAUUCAUAAGUUCGCCUCGCAGUACUUCAGGCUUCGACAAAAUAUUUUGGUGAUUGUAUAUUCAUAUGCAUGUAAUAAAAUAAAGAGUUGUUAAUUUUAUAUAACAAACAGACAAUUUUAUUUAUUAGUCUAUUACUUUACUAAUAUAUAAAUGCGAAAGUUUGUAUGUAUGUUUGUUACUCAAUCACGUCAAAACGGCUGAAGAAAUUGGGAUGAAAUUUGGAACAGGGGUAGAUUAUGGUCUGGAAUAACACUUAGGAUACUUUUUAUCCCACAGGAAAGCGGACGAAGCCACUGGCAGAAGCUAGUAUUCGAUAUUAUUUGAGAUUUGUCUCUCAGCAAAAUAUUUUUGGUUAAAAUUCUAUUUAGAAUUAAUUCUCACAUAAGUAUUAGAAAUAUAUUAUUUGGCUAUGUAUAAUGUAAUUUAUUAAAAUCAUGAAUUUUUGUAUCGUCAUGAGCUAAUGGUAACAUGUAAACAGUGACUCGUGUAGUGUAGAGAUUGUCCAGUCAACUGAUGGUAGCGUGGACUGUCCAGGCGAUGUAUGCAAGAAUAUUAUAAGAAUUAUGUAAUCUUUUUAUUAUAAUUAUAAAUAAAGUAUACAAACCUUGAAAA